AUGUAUAGCACCUCCCAAUCCUCCGUUCCCGCCCCGAUGAAUGGCAUCGGAGGGGAACUGGUCGAUGGGUCUGGGACAAUCAAUCCCGCUGCCUUGAACAAUGCCCCUCUUUAUGGUGGAAUUGCAACCCCAACGAGUAUAGCUCCUCGUGGUGUCAAGCGAAGUCGAACCCCAGACCAGCGCGGGAAUGCACGCGCGGAUGGAGACCAUGACGACGCAGAUGAACAGGGCCGUCGGAAACGAGGCCGUCCCCCAAAGACUCCGCGACCAUCAACAACGAACACUAGCGAUCAAACUCCCUCGUCCAAUAUUCACCUUCAUACGCCCCGUUUGCAGACCCAGCCUCUUCCGUCGCCAGCUACAGUUAACGUGUCACCGCCGCAGGCCUCUCCGCCGGAUAAAACCACACCUACCAAGUCCACUCUCGUCAAGGCCCUCCCCACCGUCAGGGAUCAUACGACGGAUCAGCUAAAUGAAGAGGGUGAUGAAUACAUCCCCAAGGAAUUCGACGAGGCCGGCGAGAAGAAGGUCGAUGCCAUGGGCUACCUUCAAGGGGGCCGAGAGUAUAAAUGUCGCACGUUUCGUGUUCCCCUCCGUGGCACGAAACUGUUCAUGCUUGCGACCGAAUGCGCGAGGGUAUUGGGGUAUCGCGAUUCGUACCUUUUGUUUAACAAGAACCGGUCUUUACACAAGAUAAUCGCCACUCAGAUUGAGAAGGACGACCUCAUUCAGCAAGACAUCCUUCCGUACUCCUAUCGUUCUCGUCAGAUCGCCAUCGUGACCGCCAAGUCAAUGUUUCGUCAAUUCGGUAGCCGGGUGAUUGUGAAUGGGCGGCGCGUGCGCGACGAUUACUGGGAGAGCAAAGCACGUAAACAGGGGUUUACAGAGGAAGAUCUGGCUGGCGAGAAACGACCAGGUGGCUCCAAGGCCCGGGAUGCAGCGGCAGCAGAAGCUGCCGGCGCAGCGAGCUUUCUGCCUGCCCUGGCUCAUGGCGAUGUCAUCUACAGCAACGCACUGGAGGCCGUACCAAAUAGCUUGCCUCUUGGCCCCCCGUCAUCGGUUUCUCUCGCGCCGCCCCUCCCCAUGAUUCACAUGGCCACUACUACCGACGAUCCUCGACUCCGGGAGUAUAACAGCAUGCCUCGCCCUCGUCAGGAAUUAACAGGCCAGCCUUAUCAGGACCGCUCGCAACCGAGCUCUGCCGCUGAAAUCCUAAAUCAGGCUUCGCAUACGGCUGACUUCAAUAAAAUCCUAACGUCACAACGUAGUUAUCGCCAGAAAGGGCUGGAAGAAUUUUAUGCGAAACAGCGGGAGAUCCCCGUCUCCGCAGCGCAAUCACAGCCGGGCCAGCUCGAUUCGACGCCGUCUGUGUCUCAGCCCUUGCAGUCUCCGCAGAUACCUCCAACUGGGAUGAUGAACUCGGCCCAGUCGCAGCAGGCGAUGCUUCCCCAUCAAGCGCCGAUCAUGCCCGGCCAGUCCGGGUUCCAGCCACCGGCGGCCCACCAACAACCACCUGUUGCGCCAUCGCCCGUUCGGGGGGUGCCCCCAGUUCGCCCUGAACUGAUGCAUCAGAGGUCGAACCCUGCCUUGGCUGCAGGGACACCACAGCCGCCUGGUCCCUAUGGAUAUCCACCUCAGUCGCAACAAAUGUGGGGUCAACCACCACCUCAACCCCAACCAUCUCCACUAUCUGCCGCUGGCCCUCAGGGUGUCGGAAUGCCGCAGUUCGCACCACAGUUGCAUGCGCAACAGUCACCCUCUCCGCUCGCUCACUCCAUGCCGCAGCAGCAACAUUCUCAGUCACCUCGGAAUCAGCCUCGCCCUUCAGCACCCCCGAUGCCGCAGCCUUUUCCGAUGCACCCCCAACAGGCUCCCCAACAACAACCCAUGGCGACGAUGGGGUAUCCCGGUGUCACGGCGGCACCGUAUCCAGCUGUGCCUGCCGCCAGAGGCAUGUACCCUUCGACGCAAGGCCCGGGGGGGCAACAGUUCAUGGCAGGCACUCCCCAGCAGCCAGGUAUGGCCAUGGGGAUGAGCGCCGGCGGUGCCAUGCCAGGAUGGCCGCCCGCUGGUCCAAUGCAGCCCGGUCAUCCGCAGCCUGGUCAGUCUGGAACCCCACUAGGGUGGUCAGGCUAUUGA